AUGAAGCAAAAGAAGAGUAUAGAUAUUGAAUUUCUUACAGGUGCUUGCAGUGAUAGUGAAGUUGAAAGAGAGACACAAGAUAAUAGUAGCUAUGGAAAUGACAGAGCUGACAAAAACAGUGAAGCAAUUGUAUUAUCUGCAAGCAUUCUACAUGGUGAAGGUGGAAGAGACUUCGAAAAUUGGCUAAAACCCAAGAAGGAGGUGGAAACACGUAACACUGCAACAGAUCAAGACGAGAGUAACGCCGAUUUUGAAUAUGAUAAUACGGAAACACAUCCACAAACAAAUGAUGACAACCAACUACAACCAUCAACUUUCCAUCAUAUAGCCCCACUAGUUUCAGAAAACAACUAUGAAGAGUACGAAUCUUCCACAUAUAGUUCUUUAGAUGAGGAAGGGUCAGCAGUUGGUUGUCAUGAUAUACCUCCACUAGAAGAAGGCUGUUCACCAGAAAUAGGUGAAAUAGUUUUCAAUGAUCCCAAGAAAUGGCCUAGCUAUCCAUUGAUUACUGAUAGUACUCGAACUGUGCUGGCUGAACGUGACCCUCAAAUAGUUGACGUAUCAACCUUCAAGUUUUCUGUGUCGGAUGGAGAUAGACGUUUCGAUGGCAAGUGGUUUUACAGAAAGCUCACAAAUGGCGAACGUGUGCGAAGACAAUGGUUACUUUAUAGCCAGUCGGAAGAUUCUCUAUUUUCUUUCCCCUGUCUCCUCUUUGGGAAGGAUCAUCGAGGAAAGUCAUCUUCAUUUUCAGAUUUUAAUAAAGGCUUCAAUGACUGCAAACACUUAAACCCUCUCAUUUACAAUCACGAAAACUCGUCCAGCCACAGGUUGUGUUGCAUACAGUGGAAAGAUUUGCAAAACCGACUAAAACAAAAGACAACUGUAGAUGAUGAAAUUCAAGAAAGUAUUCAGAAGGACGUAGAGAAGUGGAGGAACAUACAGAAAGUAGUCAUAGAUGUAAUUAUAUUUUGUACUAAGAAUAAUCUACCACUUCUUUCUUUGCUGUUCCUCGAAAUCAUUGGCGAGUCAAGUAGUGGAGUUUUUUAA